AUGAACGAGAAAUCUACCAACAACAACAAUGACACUCCCGUAUCGGCUCAACAAACGCAUACCAAUGACGGCCCUGACAUUCCUGCGCCUGGUUACCCAGAGCUUAUCAUGAUGAAGAUCGGGGUCGUCAAACACCCGUACCUGUAUGCCCUCUUGCACGGGAUUAUUAUUCUUGCAUCUCUCACUGUAUGA